AUGUACGCAAUUAGAGCAAUUCAAUUCAUUAUUAAAGGCAAAUCAGAAUUCACAAAUAAAGGUUUUGCAAAAAAUAAAGUAAACUUUAAUGAAAAAGACACACAAGUUGAUUUAUCAGGUUAACACAUAAUCAUUACAGGCGCUAAUAGCGGUAUAGGGUAUUCAGCAGCUUUAUAAUUAGCACAAAAGGGAGCUUUUAUUCACUUGGUAUGCCGUAACAAGUAAAGAGGAGAAGAAGCUUUGUAAAACCUUUAAAAAGAAAUUUCAAACAACAAAAAUGUCCAACUCCAUUUAUGCGAUAUGAGUGACUUUUCUUCUAUCAGAAAGUUUGUAGAUGAAUAUAAUUAAUUAGGUGUAACACUUGAUGGGCUAGUUUAAAAUGCAGGUACUAUGAUUCAUGAACGUUAAACUACAAAGGAUGGUCUUGAGUACAACUUUGCUACUAAUGUUGCAGGUGUAUUUUUGAUGAAUGAGCUAUUCGUUCCUUUACUUGAAAAAACCUACAAGCAAACCUAAAGAAAUCCUAAGAUUAUUCUAGUUAGCAGUGGAGGUAUGUACACAUAAAAGCUUGAAGCAGACGAUUUAAAUAUGUCAAAAGAAAAGAAAUUCGAUGGAUAAGCUUAAUAUGCUAAAAACAAAAGACAGUAAGUAGUUUUGUGUGAAAAAUGGACUAAAUUAUAUACCCAAUCCAAAGGUAUUUAAUUCUAUUCAAUGCAUCCAGGAUGGGUAGACACUCCUGUUUUACCUCAAGCUAUGCCAGACUUUUAUAAAAGAUUUAAGGAUGAUUUAAGAAAAUGCGAAGAAGGUUCAGAUACCAUAUUCUGGUUAUAAUGCAUGCCCGCAUCUAGAUUAGAAAGUGGUGGAUUUUAUUUUGAUAGAAAAUCAGUACCAAAACAUUUAUCAAUAGCUUGCACUUCUCAUGAUUAAAAGGAAGUUGAUAAAUUAUACAAUAAAUUAGUUGAUAUCACAAAAAUUUGA